CCGCCAGAUUAGAGGCAGUAGGGAUGUUCUCUUGCUAAAUGCGUGAAUUAGACCAAUUUUCUGUCCUGCUGAGCAUUUAAAAUGUAACGAGUAGCCUACUUUUGGGUGUCAGGGAAAUGUUUGGAGUAAAACGUACAUUGUGUAGUGAAGUAAAAGUUGUCAAAAAUAUAAAAAGUAAAGUAUAGAUACCUUAAGUACUUUACACUGUAGGCUACGUAUACUGUUGACAUUUAAGAGGCUAAUAACGUUACUUAUAGGGACAUACAUACGCAUGCAUUUAUUGUAAUAUGGUUAACAAUAACCUCGCAUCCUUUUAAUUAUAGCGUCUCUACUUACAAAGUUGCAUCUGCAUGCCAUUCGGGACACAAAGCUGGUGGGGCAGAAUUCAGGGGAGCACACCCUUUCUGGAGCUGCUGCCUGUAACAACUGCGGAAUAAAACAAAAGUCGUUUAUAAUGGAAGCAAAGUCGUAAUUAUAAAGUUGUAUGUACGCGAGUCAGAUGUUUAGAAAAACGCAGGGAAAAACGGUGGACACUUUGAUUGUUUGAGUUUUAAAUGUUGAGGAAAUCAAUCACCCCAUGUCUCGAGCCACUACACCGGUGGUGCACGGUCUACGGCGGCGAAGGGCUGGCGUGAUCAGGCCAGCAAUCGGCCUAGUCAAGUGAUUCCCAAAGUGUCAGAUAUAGCUUGCUCGCCAGCUAGCUAACUUGCUGAACUACUUUUGUCAACCAACGUCGUUGACGUCCCUAAUGUGGCAAUUGAAAGUUCCUGGUUUCAAAUUGUGGCUACUACUAGUCAUUGUUAAUCGACUUUUUAACUAACGUUAGCAAAGUACCUUACUAGCUAGCUCAGCUACCAGUUGGCUAUGUUGGACUGAGCUAGCUAGCCAGUAAACACAGCUGGCGAGUUCCAGUUUUUAAACUAGAUUUAUUUCCGUUUUAGGUCCGCCAGUGUCUUGGCAAGUUGUCAUGUAAGAUUAUUUUUAAUUUUCUUCGUGUAAGCGUCUUGCAUAUUAUUAUUUUUUACAUCUUGGUUUUAAUGAAUAACUAAUUAGCCAGUUAGCAAUGUCUCUGCCAUCCGCCGAUAUGAUCGAAACUCCCCCUGGAUAUCCCUUUGAAGAAAUAGAUUAUGUGGAUAUUGAAGUUGAAGAGGUUGUGGGGAGAGGUGCAUUUGGUGUUGUCUGCAAGGCCAAAUGGAAAGGCAAAGACGUCGCAAUCAAGACAAUAGAGAGUGAAUCUGAAAGGAAAGCGUUCAUAGUUGAGCUGCGACAGCUUUCGCGUGUGAAUCACCCCAACAUUGUGAAGUUGUAUGGCUCAUGCAAUAUUCCGGUCUGCCUGGUGAUGGAAUAUGCUGAAGGGGGGUCUCUGUACAAUGUGCUGCAUGGUGCUGAACCCCUCCCCUAUUACACUGCUUCCCAUGCCAUGAGCUGGUGUUUUCAGUGUUCCCAAGGGGUCGCCUAUCUCCAUGGCAUGAAACCAAAGGCUCUCAUUCACAGGGACCUCAAGCCACCCAACCUGCUCCUGGUUGCCGGUGGCACCGUGCUGAAGAUAUGUGACUUUGGGACAGCGUGUGACAUUCAGACCCACAUGACCAACAACAAAGGAAGUGCUGCUUGGAUGGCCCCAGAGGUGUUUGAAGGCAGCAAUUACAGCGAGAAGUGUGAUGUGUUCAGCUGGGGCAUCAUUCUCUGGGAGGUGAUCACACGCAGGAAGCCCUUUGACGAGAUUGGAGGGCCGGCCUUCCGCAUCAUGUGGGCUGUGCAUAACGGUACCCGGCCACCGCUCAUCAAGAGCCUACCCAAACCCAUUGAGAGCCUGAUGACCCGCUGCUGGUCUAAAGACCCCUCUCAGAGACCCUCCAUGGAGGAGAUAGUCAAGAUCAUGACCCAUCUUAUGCGAUGCUUCCCAGGAUCUGAUGAACCCUUGCAAUAUCCGUACCAGUCUUCAGAUGAAGGACAGAGUAGCUCGGCCACCAGUACAGGUUCCUAUGUGGAUUACACUUGCAACAGCAAUAAGAGUGACACAAACAUGGAGCAUGGGGACUCUCCAGGGAGCAACGACACCAUCAAGAUCACACCUCAGUUUGCACAUCAGUUCAGGCCAAAGGUAGACCCGUUGUGGAGCCUGCCUCUGUCCAGAGGGAGCAGUGUUGAGAGCCUGUCGGAGCGAACACACAGUCUGCUGCCCUCAGAGAGCAAAAGAAUGAGCGCAGACCUGUCAGAGCUGGAGCACAGGGUGCCUUUCGCUCCCACAGCACGUCCCCAGUAUAAACGAGGCCACCGUAAAACGGCGUCAUUUGGCACCAUUCUGGACGUUCCCAAGAUCGUCGUCACAGCCACCUGCGAGGUGCAGAGACGGAGAUCUGUACAGGACCUCCCUGGGGUCGGCACAGAGUCCAGCCAGGGGAGCCGGAACAGCAGCAGGUCAUCCAGUCCCAGUGUGAGGAUGAUGCCGCCUGAUAAGACCAGCAGCAGAGGCUAUAGCUUCUCUCCCGAUGACCCCACAGAUACCAACGGCUCAGACAACUCCAUUCCCAUGGCAUAUCUCACUCUGGACCACCAGCUGCAGCCCCUCGCUCCUUGCCCAAACUCCAAAGAGUCCAUGGCUGUGUUUGAGCAGCACUGUAAAAUGGCCCAGGAGUACCUAAAAGUGCAGACAGAAAUCGCCUUGCUGAUCCAGAGAAGGAAGGAGUUGAUCGCUGAACUGGACCAAGAUGAGAAGGACCAGCAGAACACGUCCCGCCUGGUCCAGGAGCACAAGAAGCUGCAGGAGGAGAAUAAGUCUCUGUCCACCUACUACCAGAAGUGCAAGAAGCAGCUGGAACUGAUCCGCGCCCAACAACCGAAGAGACAGGGCACCUCAUGAUGAUCCACAAGCUGGCCCCUACCUGGCUCAUGCUGCAGAGACACAAACAAACUCUCCCCAUGUCAUAUCCCCUGUUCUCCUCCUCUUCUCUUCCUCUCCUCUACUGAUCUGGGUCACCUGUAGUCUGGUCUGAAACCCAAACCUCUACUGUUCUGGGUCACUUGUAGUCUGGUUUGAAACACUAAACUCUACUUUCCCGGGUCACCUGUAGUCUGGACUGAAACCCAAACCUCUACUGUCCUGGGUCAGCUGUAGUCUAGACUGAAACCCAAACCCUACCUGCAAAGCAUUUGCCGCUAUCUCUCUCCUCCUCCCUCUGCCCUAUGUUAGCUAUGAUCUCAACCUAGGUGCCCCUGCCCACCAGCACCUGGGCCCUGUAGGUUCCAGUGGAUCUUGUUUUACCUUGUACUGUAAAGAGACCUGUGUUUUACUGUAUACCUGCGUGUUGCGUCAGACACACUGCUGAUAACAUGGAAUGGACAAUAAGGUGCACUCAAGCAGGCUGUUAUGGAAAGUCUCUGUGUCCAUAUGUAUGCACAUCUUUACAGUAUAUUCUUUGAUUGCAGACCAAAACAAUCAGCAUCUAUCUACCCUCUCUCUCCAUAAAGCGCUGUAGUCAUGAGGUUGUGAUUGCCCUAGGUACAGUGAACACAGAGGGCAGAGAAGUGGGCUUCUAGCCCUCAAUGGUCAGCCAUCCUUUGGGUCAGAAAGGAUGCUUCUUGAGGUGUGAGUCCUGUACAGUAACCUCCUAUUGCCUUGUGUUCCACAGCCUGAUGGAAGGGGAGGCCAGUGAGGGGUGUGAAAUAUGUUUGUCUCUAUUGCUCUCAGGGCCCCUCGGACCCUCCCCUGGGCUGCCUGGUCCGUGUGUGGGUCCUCCUCCCACAGUCCAGUCCUCCCGUUGGUUAGUCUGACCCUGACCUGUCUUCCUUACUGGCUAGUGGCCAUGUGUCCUUGAGAAUGUGAAAAACAAAGAUGGACGUGUGAGUUACGUUCAGAAUUUGGCGUUUUAAAUCAUUACGAACUGAAUUUAUUUGACUGUGAACACUAAGUUCUAAGUGUGUUUUUUACCCUCUUAGGCAGAAAUAGCCACUCUUGUAUCUCUUGUAUCUCUUGUAUCUAUAUAAUGUAGACGUCUCCGUUCUCGCUCCUAGUUUUUAUGGCAGCCUCACAGAAGAAAUCCACCACAACCUGACAACCUAUCUGAAACUAUUUAAUGUAAGUUGCAUUCAUUUUAACGGUGGAUGUAUUUUAGAUAUGCCUUGCAUAUCCAUGAUGUGUCUGUGGAUAAAAAAAAGAAUGUCUUGACACAAGCAAAAUAUGAGACUUUAUUUUUUCAACCUGCUUAAGUAAAAUAAACUUUGUACGAGGUUGAAAGUGCAACAUGUUUAAUCAAGA